AGCAUGUUGGUGCGUUUCAAAGUGACGGUGACGCUAGCUUGUCAAGCUCGGCAAAUGUCAAACAAACACAUAACCUAAUUUAUCGUGUAUUUUUUGGUUUUUGUUCAUUAAUAAGUAUUUUUCUUUGAAAAUGUCUGGAAUGUUGUAUGGCGGCGACGAAAUAGGGGCUUUAGUGUUUGAUCCUGGGCAUCAUUCUUUACGGGUAGGCUACGCUCAGGAAGACACCCCUAAAGCCGAAAUCCCGGCCGUGGUCGGCGUCGCACCCGACGACACGCCGAAAAUCGAACCGGAAACCAAACCAGACGAUAGCAAUGUUUCAUCAACCGCACCAGCUUGGAAAUAUUACAUUGACACGACUUUUUUACACACGCCGAGGCCAAGCAUGGAGCUGCACAGUUACAUGAAAGACGGGAUGAUUGAAAAUUGGGAUUUGUUUGAGAAAAUUGUCGAUUAUUCCUACGAUAAAAUUAUUCAGUCAGAAUCUCAGUAUCACCCCGUUUUGUUUUCCGAGUGUCCUUGGAAUUUGCGCCACAAACGCGAGAAACUCACCGAAAUCAUGUUUGAAAAGUACAAAGUACCUGCUUUUUUUCUUGUAAAAAAUGCAGCUUUGGCGGCUUUUGCCAAUGGUCGAGCCACAGCCCUUGUUAUAGACAGUGGGGCCACACACACUUCUGCCGUACCUGUUUUAGAUGGUUAUGUGAUCACCAACGCUGUUGUUAAAUCACCAUUAGGUGGCGACUACCUCAUUUUAAAAGCGCGAGAAAUGUUAGAACACAUAGGGAUCGAUCUCACGCCGGCUGCUCUAAUAGCAAGCAAAGACGUCGUCAGAGAUAAAGAUAAACCAAAAUACAUGAAAAAGAAGCUCUCUUUUCAACCAACGAACAGUUGGAUGGCUUACAUGAUUAAAAAAACAGUUCAGGAUUUUCAGCAGAAUGUCAUUCAGGUUUCUGAGUCUCCCUUUGAUGAGAGAAUUGCAGCCGGUUUCCCCACGAUUCAGCACGAGUUUCCCACAGGAUAUCGCCAGGAUUUUGGUCCAGAGAGAUUUAAACUUGCUGAAGUCCUUUUUGAUCAUGCAAUGCUUGGAGCAGGGCAUAUAGCUGCAACUAGCGCUGGUAUGUGCGAUGUUGACAUAAGACCAGCUCUUUACAGUUCUGUGGUUUUGACUGGUGGAAAUUCGUUAGUACAAGGAUUUAGUGAUAGAUUAAGCCGGGAUUUAUCAUCUCGGACUCCCGGUUCUUUAAGAUUAAAAAUGAUUGCAGCCAAUGGUACUGUUGAGCGACGGUUCGGUUCAUGGGUUGGCGGUUCAAUUCUUGCAUCAAUUGGUACUUUUCAACAAAUGUGGAUGUCGAUGCAAGAAUAUCAAGAAGCCGGCAAGGCCCAAAUUGAUAGAAAGUGUCCUUAAAAUCUAUUUUUAAGUCAAACAUUUCCAAUUUUAUCAUUUACAUGUCUCAGUAUUUUUUAGACUUUUCACCAAAUAAGGUAUUUGUAAUAAAAUCCAGAAGUAACAAGUUUUUAAAAAUUAUUAUUUAAGAAAAAUAAAUAUAUUAUAUAACAAA